CUUUUUAAGGUCUUGCUAUUUUCACAUAGCAUGGAACUAUUUAUAUAUAUACACUUCAGUAUCAGAACCAUAACACGUGUUAGUGAAAAGCACAGUGUUAAAGUUAGUAUAGUAACUCCUUGUCACUUAGUUAAUGCUGCAUCUGAUACAAAUUUGGACACAAAUUAGUGGUGUUUGUUUUCAGAUCUCCUGAGCAAUCUGUUAGAUGUGUGCCCACCCAGACACAGCAAUAAAUGUGAGAUGGAUGUCUGCUGAUACACACUGCAGAAAAUCUCCUUUACGAGAAUGCCAGGAUUCAAAGAAAACCAAACCCACAAUAUCAGGCUCUGUCCUCCUUCCUUUUAUGGACCACUGCCUCAAACACCAAAAGGAGCAAUAAAAAGGAUAGAACCAUUCACAGGAAUCCUUCUGCUUGUUCCCUGCAGCAUAUCAUGGCAACGCCUCUAGUUGUCCCAUAAGAAUAUCUUCUUUAUAUACCAUAUACUCAACAUUUCUCUUGAUGACAAGUUAUGAAACAGCAUUUGCAUUUGAUUCUUGAAAUAUCUGAAGUGGAUGCAGAUAACAGAGCCACGGCAUUCCCACUCAAACACUUCUGAGUCACUCCUCCCCACAUACCAUACCAGUCUAGAACAAAUACACACAGAGAACAAAACAAUAAAAAAAUCACGGGUUGGCUAGAUCAUCACAUUAGUCCUUGUUUUAUAUAAUAUUCAACAGCAUGCUUUUCUUAGCAUAACCUUUUUUUUUUUUGUUUUAUAUUGUAAGGAGUGGUGUUUUUUUUUCCAGGUUUCACCUCACAAAGCAUAGAACUGGAAACCCUGUGCUAACAAAGCCAGCUUUUGUUAAAUCAACAGCUGUACUGCACACGGAACAAUAGUUUCUGCAGCUUAUAGAACCAGCCUCCCUUCACAAAGGGUUCAAAGACUUUCAAAGGAUGAAGCAAUAAGGACUGCCUACCAUAAACACUGCAAUUUCUGGAACCCUGUAAUUACAGAACUCAAUCACAACAACAGGGGAGUUGCUCAGCAAUGCCCCACCUCAGUUCACCUGUACUGUGCAUUCCUUGCAAGUGUGAUACUGUCACAUACAUGGCUCAUGCACUUUGGUGACUGCACUCUGGCUGACUGCACUCUGUGUCACAGCACCAUUCCAACACUUGAAUGGUUUGUAGAGCUCCAAGUUAUUGACUCACUGUUAAAGUCAUUAACACUUGCUGUAAAGUUUUCAGCAUCAACAUGCCAACUACUGAGUGUUCUACAGUCCAACACUUUUUCUAAAGAAGCUUAUUUGGAUCUUAACUGAUUAGUUUUGUUUUGCAAAAUAAAAUCAUUUCUUGCACAUUCUCCAUAUAGCAAAACAUUUUUUGAACGCAAUACCAGUCAACCAUCCAGCAGAAUCAUGUUCCUUUUUCUACUUGCCUUAAUUCCCUCUGCUGUAAGUCAAGCUGCAACAACUGCCAGUGCCAAUAAGAAUGUAACAGACAGAAGAGAGAUGAGCAGACAGUCAGUCAGCACACCUGUGAGAUCCACUGAUGGCACAUUACCUUCAACAUUCAUUAUGGCAUCAAAAGAUGGAAAAAACAGCUCUGCCCCAAAGCUGAAAAGAAUCUUGAUAUCCUCAGCAACACUUAAAACACUGGGUGACUUCUCUACAGCAACCAAAGAUGCUGCUUCAGUUUCUGCUGGCGUGCCAUUCACAGCGACACCGAGAAGCUCUGCAGUGACAGGGAGCACCCAUGUGACAGCAGCACUCCCCAGUGAUGGCCCUUCCACCAUGCCCUCCUCGCUCCCUGCAUGCAUUGCUCUGACGUCCCCCACGACGACGCAGGAUGGUCCUACAUCAAACCUCAACAUCAUUCAGCAGACAGAAGACCUGAAGCAUAGUUCUACCAACACUUCUCCUGUACUGUGUAAGGAAGAAGAUACCAAUAAAGUCAAAACCAACGAAAGAGGAGUAAUAAUUGGUAUCAGUGUAGUAGUUUUGGGAUUUAUAUUAUUUUGUCUGAUGGGACGUUUUCUGUGCAAUACAACAAGUGGUCCAGGUAACUCGCUUGGACCAUAUGAAACAAGUUUUGGGACUGCUCCUGAUGGCAUAUGUAGCACGGCAGACAAAGCAGGGUACCCACAUGCGUGCAUCUGUAUGAAUGGCAUGACAUCAUCCCUCCCUGGACUGUAAAGCUUGCUUUGGAUUACGUUCCCACUGUUGUCACAAGAUGCACUGACACACAAGGAGCAGGGCCCAGGACCAGAACGGCAUGCUUCUGCUUUGAAAUGAGAUGAUCAAUUUAUAGUUGUCAUGGGAGAGUUUUAGAUUUGCUUUCGGAGGAAUAAUAUAGAGAAAUAACACACAGGUAAAAUUCCUCCUUGUGUAACUUUGGGCAAGAAUGCAGACAUUGUAACAGCACAAUCUCUGAUGAGGAUUGCAAUAUUAUGUUAGCAUCAGUACAACCUUCUUCCCCUGCACUUUCAUGGCCUUGAGGUGAAACUAUUCCAUCCAAAUAUUAUUUCUAUCUGAUUAAUGACUCAGGACGUUAUUUUUCCUACCCUAUCUUUCACAGAGAAACACAAAAAGAAUUAGUUUCACAUGGAUUACCCAGAGGUUGAAGUUUGCUGGAGAGAAUGGUACUACUGAGUAACGUGAACUAAAUUCAUCCUUUGACUGUGAUGACAAUUAAAGGGAAAAACAAAGGACAAGCCUUUAUGCAUCUGUCAAACUGAUUAGUUACUUGCAUUACAGGAGAGAUCCGUAGAAAUUAUGCAACACGUUUUGUAAAGGUUAGACAGAGGAAAUAAUUGUCUCAAUGUGAAAGAAUUAGCACUGCCAUACGUAUAGAUAUCUCAAAAAGCAUGUGCUGUGUCCAGCUAAUGAGUAAAAAUAUGGCAUAUUUAGAAAGAAAGAAAAUGAAAAAGGCAGAGCUGUGGAGGUGGAAACGUAACAAAAGACAAAACAAAUAGAAUGGAGUGCGCAGAAAAUAGCUACUCACACGAAUACAUGCUUGAUACUACAAUGUUAGAAUGCCUAAUUUAUUGUGGAGACUGCAAUCACUCCGGUGGAACAAUCUCACUAACUCACUGUAAAUGUUGCAAUGUGUGAAUAAAUCAUAAGCAUGCACACACGACAAAGAGAAACAGUGGAUGUCACACAGAAGAAGAACAGGGCACGUAUCUAUUUCAAAGUAGUUGAAAGAGUAUAGAAUUGAAUGGCUAACGAGCAUUGAUGCCAUUCCUGUAGGGAUCAGUAAUGAAAUCUGCAUGACUCCCAUUUCAGAUAGAACCUGACAGUGUUUCCAGAGUGUUUUCAGACUGAAAAAAUGAAGACACAUUCACUUGCUUGAGAAUACAAAAAAACGCAAUGCUCAGCUUUUAGCUUUACCAGCACAUCUUAUGUGUCCCUUUCUCCUGGCCUCGUCUGAACCACUACUCUCUCCAUCAGUACAGAACCAUCGCAGCAACUGUGUAUUUUAGCAGUUUAUGCAAUUAAUUAUUAGUAGUUGCAAGGCUAUAACAGGAAGAGUAGGAGCCAAUGAAGAAGUAUCAAGUAUGGCUUGGGUUGGAAGGGAACCCAAGGAUACCCAUCAAUUGUGCUAAUUUUUAAUCUAGUCAUGACUUCUGCGUGCAUGUGCAUAAGGUUUGUGCUAUUCUGGUACAUCUUUCAGGUUUGUAUAUUGUUUUUCAGCUUUUACCAGGCCAGCUUCUGAAAUCUGUAACAUGUUCACCCUUGACUGUAAACAGAAUGAUCAUUAUCUUAUGAUAUUAUCUUACAUUAUUAUUAUUAUUACAUUAUGCUAUAUAUAUUAUUACAUUAUAUAUUAUAUAUAAUAUUAUUACAUUAUUGUCUUAUGAAAUUAUCUUAUAUUUUAUGUAAAUAUAGAUAUGUUAUGUCAUUUGAAUAUUUAGAAUUGUAAUAGCUGGCUCCAUUUCUGACAUGUGUAUGUAUGUGACCUGAUGCUAUUAUCUCAGGGUUUACACAGACACAUGUUUACAUUGGUGAAAUUAAUUAUCUCCUGUUCCUAAUACCAGUCUUUUUUACUUUCCAGCAGCAAAAUACUAUAAGCUUCAGUGACAACUAAUUCCAUUAAAUGUUUCAUGCUGGAACCAUCACAUCUGUUUUGUGUGGCAG